CAAUUGUUAGACUGUUGAUGAUGAUGUCAGCAGUCUUUAUUGUUUUAGUCUUUAUUUCAUUAAUAAGUAUCCUAAUUAAUAGGACAGUGCUGUUAGUUUUUUGUUCUGUUUUGGUAGACCUAUUCUUUAGCAAUAUUUUAAGCAAGGAUCCACAUUCUUUAGGUAGUUGUAGACGUGAUCCUUUUGUUUUCUUGUAAUGGCUAUUUAAGAGCCUUAGCUUCUCAUGAUUCAAACAAGAGUUUUUCCAUUCAUUGAAAGUAUUCUAUACUAUCUGCUUUAACACUUUCCACUCAUUGUUUGACAUAUCUGCACCUACAGAACUGCCUCGUAGUAGCACCUAUGGAGUUUUCUGGUGUAUUUAAGAAUUUGACAACUCUUGUGUUGCAUAGUGUUGUUGUGCAGCAGGAUCUGCUUCAGGGUCUGUUUUCCAACUGCAUCAAUCUUGUAAACUUCACCCUUGAUGACUGUAACUUCAAGUCCGACUUGGAGAUAAUCAGUCCGACAUUGUUACAUUUGAACAUUGUUAACUGGGAGGUUGCACAUUGGAGGAAGAGGAAUAUAUAUAUCAUUGCAUCAAAUCUCUCAUCCAUUGAAUAUACUUGUAAUAAAGGUGGUGCAGAACACACAAUGAAGAUUAUGGAGGCUCAGAGUUGUCGCAUGGGGAAAACAUUCUAUGUCACUGCUCCAAGGUUAUUGAAAGUUUUUUGGGAUGCAGCUAAGAGACAGCAAAAUCCGGUUGAUUUGAAUGCAUCUGAGGCACAGGAAAAUCCAGACCCCUUUGGUCCAAUUGCAAGUUUAAGACAUAUUGAGAAUUUAGCUAUGAUCUGCAGCCCUUCACAGAUAGCGAAAUUAAGGAAUGUCUUAGUUCAAUUGCGAAAUCUUAAACAAUUGGAAUUAUGCAUCGAGGGAGCAUAUGAUCCUAAUACGAAAUACCUUUGGAUUUUAGAUAUUGCAAUGGCUUGUCAACAUCUCCAAAAACUAUCUCUCACGAUUAGAAAUUCACAUUUGAAAAAUUCACAUAAGAUUGGAAUUCAGAGGGAAAGAAGAAAAGUUGCAGGGUUUUUUCAUAAUGAAUUGAAAUAUGUCGAGUUACGUGGUUGUGUUUGCACCAUAAAUCUAAUUGAGUUAGCUAGUCACCUAUUGAGGAAUGUGAAUUCGCUUAAGCAAAUGACUUUCCGUUCUCGUGACACAUUCUAUAUAGGUGGUGAAACAUGGAAUAAGGGUUCUCAGAGGAGUUGUUGGCCAAAAUGUCGAAACAUUAUUCAUCAUAUGCUUAAAGAUGAUGUAAAUGAACAGUGUCAACUUAUUAUUUUGUAGUUUUAUUUUUUUUAAUAAUUUAUGGUGAAUUUUUUAUUCUUAUUAGUUGAUUCAUUCGUGAAAACAUUAUAUACUUUACAUUAAUAUGAAUGACAAUAUUAACUAUCCUUUUAA